CUGUGCUUCCCGAGAUCGGGCUCUGAGGAGGCUUUGCCGCUGGAGAUGCUUUAAGAGGCGGUGCCGUGAGAGCCCCAGAGAGGCGGCGGGGAAGACGCAGCUGGUGCAGCCCUGCUCGGUUCAGAGGGAGGGUGGAGCAUCAAGGCAAGAUCCAGGCAGGCGGCCUCUGAGCGCCAGGAGUCAACAUCAGUACGUGGACGUGGGGCCAAGACCAACAGGGACCAGUUUUAAACAAAUAUUCGGAAACUUGAACCUGUGGAUGGUGUUGCCUCCUUAAAGGGUCCAUCACGGGUCUGGAAGGGUCAACGCAUCAGACCUCCUCCCGGUCCUGGUCAGCAGGAAGAUGGGCUCCCAUGGACAGGGACUUGUGCUGGGAUGCUGCCUGCUUCUGGCCUUCACCUGUGGCCUGGUCCUGAGCCACGUGCCACGUGACCAGCGGGAGCAGCAGGAGCAGCAGGAGCAGGAAGAGGCCCAGGAGCUGCUGCCCCCGCUGGACCAUGACAAGAGGAAUGAAGAGAAACAUGAAAAAUAUAGCCCCAGCCGGGGCGGGGAGCCCCCCGCCUCCAGGUGCUUCCGCUGCUGCGACCCUGGGACCCCUGUGUACCAGGCAAUCCCCGCGCCCCAGAUCAACAUCACCAUCCUGAAAGGUGAGAAGGGUGACCGAGGGGAUCGUGGCCUACAGGGGAAAUAUGGCAAAACAGGCUCCGUGGGCGCCAGGGGCCACAUGGGACCCAAAGGGCAGAAGGGCUCUGUGGGCGCGCCCGGGGACCGGUGCAAGAACCACUACGCGGCCUUCUCGGUGGGCCGGAAGAAGCCCCUGCACAGCAGCGACUACUACCAGACGGUGGUCUUCGACACGGAGUUUGUGAACCUCUACGGCCACUUCAACAUGUUCACGGGCAGGUUCUACUGCUACGUGCCCGGCAUCUACUUCUUCAGCCUCAACGUGCACACCUGGAACCAGAAGGAGACCUACCUGCACAUCAUGCGGAACGCGGAGGAGGUGGUGAUCCUGUACGCCCAGGUGAGCGACCGCAGCAUCAUGCAGAGCCAGAGCCUGAUGCUGGAGCUGCAGGAGCAGGACGAGGUGUGGGUGCGCCUCUUCAAGGGCGAGCGCGAGAACGCCAUCUUCAGCGACGAGUUCGACACCUACAUCACCUUCAGCGGCUACCUGGUCAAGCACGCCUCCGAGCCCUAGUGGCCACCCCGGGGAGACCGCCAGCCUCCUUCCCUCCCGCCCUGCUCCGCGCCCUGCAGGCCCCGAGUCUGACCCCAUGGCCUCUCGCCCCAGUCCCUGCUUCCUUGGCUUCUGCUCCCCGGCUUUAGCCCUCAACAAGGCGCCCUUGACGGGUGGGAAGCCAGCACCACGUGGCCGCCUCUGUCGGAGGAGGUCUGCCGCGGAUGAGAUCACAGGGUGGGGCGCCUGCUGGAACUGGGAGCCUCCAGUUCCCCUCUGCACUCAGCCUGAAGUGACCCGAGGUGCACUGUCCAAGACCACAGCACCCUGCUCCCGUUCCGAGAAGUGACUGAGCAAAUGCUUGAGUCGCCAGAGGCCCUGGAGGGGAGGGCCAGCCCUGCCAUGGCAGCCUUUCCAGCAGGCUGGCUCCCCCUGAGACCCAGGGAGCAGAGCUAACAGGGGAGCAAGGGUGGAGAGCAGGGACACGGCCGGGGGUCGGGAGGCCACACCUGGCUUCAUUCCACUAGGUCACCAAUGAACCUUCCUGGGGGACAGCGGGACUGACCUCCGUGUUUGGCUAACAUUGCUGUAGCCUUGCCUGAGGGCUCAGCGGGACCUCCUGAGCCACAGCGGCGAAGCCAGGGCAGCGCAGUCAGCUCCCCAGAGGGGCAGCCGCGCCCUCUUCUGUUGGCUCUGGGCUGGUAGAAGCUGACGGCUUGCUGCAGGCCAUGGGCUCCUGACAGUGGCUGGGGACCUCAGGGACCCCUAGAUCUGCAGAUGGGGCUGGGAAGCCCAGAUAUAUCCAGGCACCACUCCUGUCCCCCAGGCCACUCUGCGCCCUGCUGGGAUCUCCAUGCCCCUGCACUGACACUGCUUCCUGUCCCUGCUCCUAGAUGGGUCAGCUGUGGGAAGUACCAGGCCUGUGGUUUGUUCCUAUCAAACCAUCUUGUAUCACCUCAGAGUCCUGUCUCCUCUCGGGUCCAGGAUCCUCUCCAGCAUCCACUACGAGGCCAGGCUGAUGGUCCAUCUAGACCUGUGCAUACCCAGGCCUCUUUGACCUGCAGCCUAAGGCAACGUGGGAGGGGCGUCCUCUGAGCCCCAGAGCAGGGAAGAGCAGGAAGGGGCUGGAGGGCUGCCCCCACCUGCUUCCGGAGCUCCAUUAGGUCAGUCUUGAGACCAGGGUAGAAGAGAACCCCUGGGCCAACCACGGGGCUCAGACUCACACCCUGGAAGGUGGAGGUCCCCUGAGGCAGGAGCCCCUGCAGCUCUCUGGGACCACCUGGUGUAGGGCAGCUGCCUCCAUGGGUGCUCCGGAAGUCCUUUUCGUUGGCCCUGCGUCCUGGCUGCAGGGUUGCCUUCUCUGACCUCGGGGAACCCGUCAGCCCUCCCUGCUGGCGCCCCAUUGACCCCCAGCCCCGGCACUCUCUCUGCCUGCUUUAGCCCUGACUUGCUGACCAGGCCUUCCUCCCACCAUGGGUGCUUCUUGGUUGUGAACCAUCCUUCUUUCCCCUGGAGCCUGUCUGCGGGUGUCCGGGGUCUGCAAGUGCCUGCUUUGGAAGGACUUGUGCUAGUCAGAGUCCACGAGGUGCAUUGCUGUGGGCGUGGCGGGAUGAGGGCCGCCUGGCCUUGCCCCGCAGCUCUCAGACCACCAACCAUUAAACUUGGAACCGUGUUUUUCAGCA